AUGGGGGAGCAGUGGCUGCCAUGGAAUCGUCCCCGGAAGGUACUUCAGCCAAUGCCUCUGGGCAUGACCUGCAAACCCUGGUUCAAGGACAGGCUGCCUUCUAAGUGUUUUCCAAAGCACAAACAGGAAGAACUGAAGUUCCCUACUUCUCUGGAUGGCCGACGCUGGGUGUUUGUGAAGAAAGGGCUGGAUGAUUUCCGGAAGGGCUGUCCGCCUUGUGGUAAUAUGACUUUUCGUGGCUCCAAGGAGGGCUUUCUCCCUACUAUUUCUCAUGGAGUCCGCCAUAGAUCCAGAAAGAAUCAGCAAAAACGGUGCCAGGAUUUAAGCCUGUUUUCUUCAUUGUCGCUGGCCCAGCAAGCACGCAAGAACUUUGUGGAGAGAACCGAAGCAAACUUGACCCAGAAUCCCUUGGCUUUUUGCCCCCUGGAGCAAGCGGUUUCUGAAGAUCUCUUUUUAAAUGUGCUGGAAACUCUUGAUCCUGACCAGAAGUUGGAGGAGAAAUGGAAUUAUUUUGAGAGGCAGAGCGAAUCUAUUAAUCUGUCUACUGAGGCUGAGACAAGCCCUCAAGAAAUAGUUGACACGGAGCCUGAAGAAGUUCCUGAGCCACGUAGAUAUCGUAUGGUUUUUGAAGACGAGUCCUCAAAAGAGGAAUCGGAGGAGUCCGUUUAUUUCCAGUACAUACCCAAAGGAGUCUAUGACUUCUGUGAAUGGGUUGAUUCAUUUGGAGACUUGGACAUUGAUGAAGAUUUCAUGAUGAAGCAAUUUGACAUCGGCUAUGAGUGCAAACCGGUCUAUACAGACUCUGCCAUCAGGAAAAUCAGCCUGCUUCCUUCUGAGCUCAAGUUCUGCCGGAGGCUGAGCAAAGUGAAGGAGAUCAGAUUCUCUCUACAGGAGUCAAACUUUGAAAGGAAACUCCGAAAACCACAAGAUCCUUACAAGCCUACCAGGGAUAAGAUUCGAUAUGGAGCGUGGUACCUGAAACCGUAUCUGUGGAAAAAGCUAGUAAAUGAUGAGCCUCUGCUGGAUCCUAAUGACUUAAUUGAAUUUCAAGGUGGAAGGCCUCGUAAAUCAGACAUCAUUGAAGACCUUUAUGGAACAAUCGCCUUUAAGGAUUUCAUCAUAAGCAAAGGCUAUAAUAUGCCAAAUAUCCUUGAGAAAUUGUUUGUGAGGAAAGGAUGGGAUUAUGACACUAUCAAAACUCCAAUACCAAGAGUAUUAAAAGCACAUGAAUUGAUCAUGCAGAAAAGAGAUGAAGAUUAUGAUGAUGAGAACGAUGACUAA